AGUUUCGCUAACAGCAUUGCAAACUCCGUGUGCCUUGUAUAAAAUGUUACUGGAAAUCAAGAACUCAUUUCGUGCAUAAAACUUAUGAUGUUCGAUGUAUUAUAUAUGCGUGAAGCGACAGAGGAUAAUUUUUAUAUUUAAUCGAGAAAAUUAAUAUUUAAAUGCAUUUUGUCAUCAGUGAUUUUAAUAUUUUUCUUGUUCUAAAUGUGGAAUUCUUAUGUAUAGCAUUCAUAAUGAAUAUAGGUGUUGACCGGCGAGUAAUGAAAUCUUCCAAGCGCAUUAAGCCUACUUGUUACCGCAUGUUUAACUUCAAGAUUCGAUUCAAGUGUGUGGCAUGGUAGCAUCAACGUUUCAAUUCCGCCGUCCUUCAUUUUAAACUUUCGAUGAGAAACAUCUGGAUCACAUUCUACAUGUACGUUGGUAGAGCGUUGCUGUUGAUGGGAUGUCACGUUAUGACAUGAGGAGCGUAAUUGUUCGCUUACGAUCUAUGAAAUUGCGUGUUUGGUGGAGGGUAAAAAUUGAUGUGAAAUUCCUUCUCCUCAUUAUUUGACGUAAUAGGGCAAUUAUUCAAGAGGCUCUUUAUUUUGUAUUUAAUUCAGCAAGAUAAAAAUGUAUAAUGAAAUGAAAAUGAUUGAUUUUAUGAAAACAUAAUUGAUCUGUUAGUACCGCAAUGUAAUAUAGAGCUUUAUGGUUGUUUUUUACAGCACGCCAAUUCAGUUGAACACAUUUUCAUGUAAUCAACUACAGUACCAUGAUUUUGUAUUGAUACACUGAGUCAGCGUGUAGUGAAUAAGUUUAUUCAAAUUUGCAUUUGUAGUUUACAUCAAGGCAAGCGAAAAAGACUUGAGUUGACUCAUGCUCUCGAGACUUCCGACCCUUAUAUUACACCCCGUCACGUCCGAAAAUUUCCAAAUAUAAUAGGCUGAGAAUCUAACGUCAGAUUGUCUUUUAAGCAGCAGAGGCGGUUGCAAUAUGUUUUGUUUCUAUAAGUUACUUUUAUAUAUAGUUGUACUACACAGCAUCAAUGUUUAUGUCAAAGUCAACACUCUGAACGUACGAAGACUUCGCGCGGGCUGUCGAAUAGAAGAUGGUUAUCACAGGUGUUCUUUAACCGGACGAUGUCAAAGGCGUGAUGGUGUAUUUAAAACUUAUUGCGAGAAAGAAAGGGUGAAUUGUACAGAUGAUGAAUUUGCAUGUCGCGGGAUAAACCGAUGUAUACCAAGAAUGUUGCUAGGGACCAAGCAAGGCUGUCUUCUGGGGAAAAAGGGAGUCAUCACUUUGCCAUGCAGAUCCGAUGAAUUUACAUGCAAGCACAGCAGGCUAUGUUUGCCGAGAUGGGUUGUGAGAGAUGGCAACAUCGAUUGCAAAACUACCGAAGUUGAUGACGACAGCGAUGAAAUGGCGUCACUUGAUUAUUGCAAUGAAACUGAAUUCAAGUGUUCUAAUGGGAGGUGUAUUCCUAGAGAAUGGGUUUUUGAUAAAAUGAAUGAUUGCAAAACUGGUGAAGAUGAAAAUGAACCGUUCAGUUCUUGCAACGAAUCUGCAGAAUUCCGAUGUGACAACGGGCAGUGUGUAAAACGAUUUCGUGUGAAGGACGGCCAUCCAGAUUGCGAAAAUGGUGCUGACGAAAGAAAAAACUUAACCCAAUGCGUAACUACAACAGAAUUUCGUUGCAAUGAUAGUGGAAGAUGUAUCCCGCGGUCUUGGGUUGUAGACGGAGUUGAAAAUUGUAAAGACGGAAGUGAUGAAGUGAUAUAUUGGAAUCAAACUUGCUCAUCGAACGAAUUUCGUUGUCACAGCGGGCGAAGAUGCAUCGCGUUAAAAUAUUUAUGUGAUGGAAUGGAUCACUGUGGAGAUUGUAGCGAUGAAAUAGAAGGAUGCAAUGAAGCACGUAUGUGGAGGUGCCCUCAUGACCCAUCAAUUUGCAUACCCCAGUCAUACGCGUGUGAUGGAUUCCGAGAUUGUCCAGCGGGGAAGGACAAUCCUCAAUAUUUGCCAGGAUUUGAAUGUAAAAAGACUGUUCUGGGAACAAAGGAAGAAAUGUGUAACAUACCACAAUGGACACUGUACGAUAACCACACUCUGUGCGAAGAUAAAUCGGACUUAUGUUUCCAGAAUGGGUCUUUUAAUUGCGCACGUUGCGUCUCCGAUAACAAAAUUAUAGCACGACGACAAAUGUGCGACGGCGUCAUUGACUGCACAGAUUUAUCAGAUGAAUGCCUUUGUAAUUCGAACCGCAACAACACCAAUCUAAUGAAAUUCUGCGAUUCAAUUUGCUACAACGCUGGAAAUUGUGAAAACAACUGUCGAACUGGAGAAUUAUAUUGCAAAGAAGACAAAAUGUGCGUGAAUCGCUUUAAAAUAUGUGACGGUGUUAUAGAUUGUACAAUUUCUGCUCUUGAUGAAAAAUUAUGCGUUCAACCAGAAGCAGAAGUCGGUUUAAAAUCAAAUACGACCGAUUUUAAAUGUUGGAAAAUCAGCGACGCCAUAUUAAAUGUAUUGAAAGCUUUCAACCUAAUGGAAAUAUACGAAAAUAUAUAUGCAACAGACGGUACAAAAUGUGACGGCGUUUUUGAUUGUCCACGAUUUGAGGAUGAAUGCAAUGAAGAAUGUCAGAUGCCAGAAUGCGAAACAUUUCAACUGAAAAACAUUAGUCCAAGGGAAUCAAUCAUCGGGGCAAAAGUAGCAAUGGAAGUACGGACAUGCAUCGAUUAUGCGACUACGGAAAAUAGAUACGAUUACACCAACUUUGUGUUUGGUCGAUCCAUAUGCGAUGGCAUACAAGAAUGUAACGGCGGGGAGGAUGAACAAAACUGCACAGAAAAUUUUAAGUGCGACGCCGGGACUGUAGAAUCACCUUUGGGUACAAGACAGCGUAUCGCCAUCAAACCCACUAAAGUGUGCGAUUUACAUCCAGACUGCCUAGAUCAGUCAGACGAAAGAAAUUGCAGUAAGUUGACUCACUUCUAUUGUAAAGACGGGAACCCUCUUUACAUUCCAUAUUCAUCAGUAAUGAACGGUAAACAGGACUGUGACGACAAUUCAGACGAAUGCCCAGAUAAUUGGAACGACGAAAACCCACUAUCUUCCCCAGAAGAAAUGAUUAAACUACCAUUUCUUCGGCAUUUCAUUUGGUUCAUGGCAUGUAUAGCAAUUCUUGGUAACAUAGGUGUAAUAAUAGAAACCUAUUACUCCGAAAUCAAGUCUCAAUCAAGUUCAAUGAGUCGUUGCAACAGGAUAUUAAUUAUGAAUCUUGCAUUUUCUGACUUUCUCAUGGGGGUAACACUGCUUGUAAUAGGAGUGAAGUCAGUUUCAAUGUCUGGAGAAUAUUGUUUGGAAGACAAAAAAUGGCGGAUGAGUGGACUAUGUAACGCAAUUGGAGUUAUGACUGUUUUGUCCAGUGAAACAUCCGUGUUUUCUCUCGUAGCUUUGACUGUGUAUCGUUUAUAUGGAAUUCACCGACCGUUUCAAAGCAGACAUGCAAAACCGAAAUGGGCUGUCGUGACAGCAAUUACAACAUGGGCAUUGUCUAUUAUAUUAGCCUUAACCCCAAUUAUUCCAUCGAUUAAUCAAACCACGGUUACUACAGCACUAACAAGACCGUCGAUGUACCUUGAAAACACAGUCGUAUCUUGGGAUGAUUUCAAAACAUUUGCACAACGAAUUGUUGUUCUCGGAGCCCGUGCAUCUCACGCAUCAAACGACUUUAACACUUGGGGGAGCGCUGAAGAUAUUCUGAAAAAUACCUAUGCAGAUGUUGCUCCUGAAGUGCUCGGAUACUUUGGCUUCUACAGUGCCGACGGGGUAUGCAUUCCUAGGCUAUUUAGAAUAAAAGGAGAGCUGCCUCUACAUGCAUUAUCCUUGUUCAUAAUAAGCCUAAAUUUCUGUAGCUUGAUGUUUAUCAUCAUUGCAUACUGUAAGAUUUACCACAAGUCCACACACAAUGAAGUCGUGGGCAGCGAAACUACACACGAAAAUCGAAGUCGAGCAAUGCAAAGAAAAAUAACGAUUUUAAUUGCAACUGAUCUCUGCUGCUGGCUUCCAAUUUGCAUUAUGGCUCUCGCAAGCCAACUUGGAGCGCAUAUCUCUGGGGACGCGUAUGCUGUGGCGGCGAUUCUUCUUCUACCCAUAAAUAGUUCAUUGAAUCCAAUCAUUUACUCGAGUGGGUUUUCUAUUGCUCGAGCGGCUCUUUUUAAUAAAACCGUAGAAGUUAGAGCUUCUAUAAGACGAAGAAUAACACGAAAGCCGUCGUCGGUAAAUAUUGUUACAGCGCGUGAUACUGGCAGCACUGGUGUUCCAACCUUCUCGUCAACGUCAAUGCUUUCAAAAUAAGCAAGUGUAUAAGUUAUCUUCAUGUAUGGUCAAAAAGGCUGCAGCGAGCGACUUCGCAACCUCAGCGUAACAAUGGUAUAAAAUGUUACUUUAAUUCAAUAACUCCUUCCAUGCAUAAAACCCAAUGAUUUUAAUGAAUUCUUUGCGUAAAGCAAUGGAGGAUGAUUGUUAUUCUUAACCGAGAACAUUUUCAAUUAAUUGCGUCAGUUCUUCGGGAAUUUUAUCAUUUUUCUUGUUUCAAAUGUCGAAUCCUUAUGCACAUCAUUCAUAAUAAAUAUAUGUGGUGACCAAACGCAUCAAGUAUACUUGUCACAGCGUGUUUAACUUCAAGUUGCGGUUCAAGUGUUUGGAAUAGUAGAAUCCCCAUACGAAAGCAACGUUUUAAAAGAAUGAACAAAGUUACUCAGCCAUGAAUAUUUUUAUUGAUUAAUAAAACCUUUUUCACUUUUCCUUUUUACUUUU